AUGUCUUCAUCUUCAUCUCGUAUUAUUCAAAAACCAUUGAAAUUACACAAUUCAAAUUCACAAGAUAUUCUCUUACGUCAAUUGUUAAAAUUUCGUAUUGAUGGUCAUACGAUUGAUGCACGUAAUGUUGAUGAAUUAUAUCCGGGUAUUGAUCAUUUAUUAAUUCGAUGUCUACAAACAGGCGAUUGUCGACAAUUAGAUAAUCGUUUAAAACGUAAUUUAAAAGCUGAAUAUUUCUUGAUUACCGGAAAACACAUACACAUUAGUUUUAAAUCACAGACACAAAAUAUAUUAGAGAAAUUAAUUCAUAUGGGAGCUACAGUAGGUAUGUAA